AUGGCAGGAUUGUCUGAAUCUUGCUCUCAUGUUGGAGCGAUUCUGUUUGCAACAGAAGCUGGCUGCAAUAUGAGAAGCACUGCCUCAUGCACAAGUGAAAAAUGCCAGUGGCUCAUGCCGUCUCAUGUUAAAAAGAUACCAGCUGCACCAGUAGCCUCAAUAGAUUUUACUUCUGCUCAAAGUAAAAAGAAGAAACUAGACCAUGUGAUUUCAGGGGGGUCAGGUAAGCAAGAUUUCAGAGAGCAGCACUUCAGAACACUACUGUCCUAA